UACGGAGUUGCCAUGAGAAAACAUAACUGCAGCCUCUUGUUUGCAUUCAUAGUGACUAUCAUCAUUCUUCGCUCCCUUUUUUUAUCAAGUGAAAUUCAAGAUACUAUAAACUCCAGUCCAAUAGACACAGUGAUUAUUCGUCAUGUCCUUCCAUCCAUUUCCAAGCUACCACUUGUCAAAUGCAUAGAAAAUGAUUCCAUUCAAAGCUUCCCAAAAUUUAAUAUGCAAACACAGAACAUGAAGGAUUUUUUGACUUAUCGUCAUUGCAGGAGUUUUCAAUUGUUGCUGGACUCUCCCAUGAAGUGUGGUGGCCCCAAUGCCUCUAAAGACAUUUUCCUGUUACUAGCUAUCAAAAGUUCCCCAGCAAAUUAUGAACGCCGUGAGAUCAUCCGGAAAACAUGGGGAGAAGAGAAAACAUUUGGACAUGCCAAGGUAAAAAGAAUCUUUUUUAUUGGAGUCUCAAGGGCACAAGAAGAUGCAAAAUGGCUAAUGCAGUUGCUGGCUAUAGAGAGUCAGACCUAUGGAGAUAUAUUGCAGUGGAGAUUUCAAGAUACCUUCUACAAUUUAACCUUGAAGCAAGUUCUUUUCCUCCAGUGGCAGAAUCAUAGAUGUCCUGGAGUGCAGUUUAUUUUCAAUGGAGAUGAUGAUGUCUUUGUCCACACUUUUAAUGUUAUUACAUAUUUGCAAAGCUUGGAAAAUAAUGGAAGCCAUAGUCACCUUUUUGUUGGUGCAUUGAAUAUAGGGAUGCCUCCUGUUCGUGAGAAUAAAACAAAAUACUAUAUCCCAAAAGAACUUUUUCCUGGUGAAAUAUUUCCUCCCUACUGUUCUGGUGGUGGCAUUCUUAUGUCUGGCUUCACUUCCUAUUCUAUCUUAAGGGCAUCAGAGUACAUACCACUAUUCCCCAUCGAUGAUGCUUAUCUGGGGAUGUGCCUGGAGAAGGCAGGGAUAAGUCCAGGCAACCAUCAAGGAAUGCUCCCAUAUGGGAUCCGGGUGCCAGGAGCUGGUAUGGACUCUUUUGAUCCAUGUUAUUACCAGGAUAAACUAAUGAUUCAUCGAUUUGUGCCCCAUGAAAUAUUAAUACUGUGGAAAACUUUACAGAUCACAAAGCAGCACUGCUACACAAACACAAUGACAGUGUCCAAAAUAACUGAUUAAGCAACAAUUAUGUGCAUAUAGUCAAGAUCUUUAAGGAAUAUUAGAUUAAUAACUUAUUUAUUCACUUAAAGGGGGAAGAUGUAUUAUCCUGUGGAGACAGAUAAAGUGGAGACAGAAAGUAUCCGCUCCUAAAUGCCACGUUACAGGCUGUGUUUGAAAAAUGAUAGGAGCGAAUUAGCUGGUAUUUUAUCUCGCUCCACGGCUUUGUACAUCUGCCAUGAUUCUUUAUAGAUUAAGCAUGAAAUGACUAUGGUUGACAAUAGAACAGAUGCCUAGGUCCAAAACCAAUGAGAUAUGUUGGUGUCAAACACUUUCUGUUCAUAAACUGUCAACUCUGCUCACAAAUUAGAGUCUUGGAAAGACACUGCAUCUCUGAACACAUCACCUACACAUCACUCUUUAACAUCCUUGGAGACUUUAUAUUCUUUUGGAUCAAGCACACAGAGCCCUCAGGAACCAAACUCACAGGACUAAAACUCUACCAAUAUAAUAGUCUGUCUUAAAACGAUUUUUGCUGGUAUCUCAGACAACUUACUUAUUGACUUCCUAAAUAUGCAGGUCCAGAUAUUCCAGGAUCUGACACUGAUCUGCUGAUACAAAAGUUGUGAGAUUUACUAUAAUUUCAAAUAUAAAAAAAAUGUCAAAUAUCAUUGCUGUUUUUCUGUUCUACUUCUGGAAAUUACUGAGAUACCACAUACUUCACAAUAGCAGUAGAGCAGG